UGCUACGCCCUUCUCGACCUGCUGAUGUGCUCAAUGCUCAUUCCCACUCAUUCCUUUGGUCGUCUUCAAUUUCAUUCCUCGAGAGCCCCACCGAAUUUGUAAACAUGGCACAAAAGCUAUUACCAAGUUCGAAAUAGUACAUCUUUGAAGAAGGAUUGCGCUGUGUAAUACAUUUCAUAUCCAAAAUGGCAUCACCUUCACAGAAAAGGCUACAACGAGAGCUUAAAUUGAUGCAGUCAGAGCCUCCGCCAGGGAUGACUGUGGACCACGAAGAGGCGAUGCAAGAUCUGACUAGAUGGAUAAUUAAUGUUGAAGGUGCGCCAGGCACACUCUACGAAGGCGAACAUUUUCAGUUGCAGUUUAAAUUCGGCUCACGAUACCCUUUCGAUUCGCCUCAAGUCAUGUUUACGGGUCAGAAUAUUCCAAUCCAUCCCCACGUUUAUAGUAACGGACACAUUUGCCUGUCUAUAUUGACUGAUGACUGGUCUCCAGCCUUAUCUGUUCAGGCUGUUUGUCUUUCGAUUGUGUCCAUGCUCAGCAGUUGCAAGGAAAAGAAAAGACCACUAGACAACACAUUUUACAUCAAGACCUGUCACAAGAACCCAAAAAAGACUAAGUGGUGGUACCAUGAUGAUGAAGUUUGAUUCGCUUCUACGAAUUCACAACAGUUAUGGCUUUAAACUAUCUCACCUCACAAUAUAAUUGCAGUUUCUCCUUCUGCAACUACUUUGAUUAUGUUCCGCGUUUUGGACAAGUCUGUGGAUUCCUACUUUGAAUGAUCUCUCACUAUAAUUUCAAGAAUACCAUUUGAUUUCUAGCGUAGAUAUCUCUGUUUGUGCAAUCGUAUUUGCCACUUUGGCAUCAAAUAAUAUGUUUUUUUCAACAACCAUCAGGCAGAACUUUCCUGGUAGUGCACAUUUAGGGGAUUUUAAUGUAAGAAUAAUUGAAGGAAAUUGUACUUGCAGAAUAAAAUUUAUUGAAAAUUUG